AUUCUUAAUAUAGGUGACAAUUUCAUUAGUUAUUUUCGUCAUUGUAGAAUUUAGUUGAAUUUAUGACGUUAUAGGUUAUGUCAAUUUCUCUCACCCUUAAAUCAGUCAUUAGUAAUCUGUUCUGAAAUAAUGACGCCUUCAGGGUAAUCUAGAUGAUAUCCAUGUUUUACAAACUACCUCCUAUUGCAAUUUUAUAAAAUGGUUUCGUCAUUUUAACCUUGUUUAUGAAACCCUUAUGUUUUGGGACAUACAUCCAAUAGCUGAAAGGUUUUCUUAGUUCCUCAGAACGAUAACUUGUCUCUUUUCCAUGACUGUUUAUUUAACGUGAUUGUGGAUUGCACCUACCUUCAGUAUUUAUAUGAUGUUUUCUCCAGUGUAGGUAUCCAAGAAAUUAAUGCCAUGCACUUUGUGGAGCAACUUUGUAUAGAAUGGUUAUCACUUAAAGCUGUUUUACGAAUGUGGCUGUUAUUCAGUUACCAACUGCAACAAAAAUAUUCUAAUCUACAAAAGCCCUCUAAAGUUUCACUUUUUGUGUUCUGUGGUUACUACCUGAAAUAUAGGGAAAGCCAACUUGCCAAAGUUAACUUAUCAUUUAUGUUGUAAAGAUUUUAAUUCCUUUAAAUAAAAAAACUACUUUUUAAAUCCACAAAAUAAAACACUACUUAAAAUAUAAUAAAUACCUGCAGGUUGUUGAAAAGUGUGUUUUGCCUUUGAUACAAAAUUCUGAUUAUGUGACAUACCUUCUAGAGCCAUUCUAAACAUCUGAAAGCAGCAAGAUUUCCAUACCACUGUGGUCACAUUAAGACAUUUAGAAAUGAAUGUUCUAACACCAAAGAAAUCUGGAGAAUUAAUUUCAAAGUUGGCAAAAAAUGUAUUUAUCUUACCAGAUGGCAUAAAGAAUCUAGCACAUGAGGUUGCAGAAGGGGUAAAGAACAAACAAAUUUGCAUUGAUGGCUUCUCACAACAUCAGCUACACCCACAGAAGGCUGAUGAAUCUGCUGUGGAUUGGAUAUUUUUUGUCGACACUCUAAAUUUCUGUUUUUGGACAGCUAAUAAAGAUUCAAAAUGGGAAGUGACAUGGAAUGGCAAAACCUAUACAGGAUACUUUGCUCUCUGUGCAGCCGUUAAAAGAGCUCUUGAGGAUGGAAUACCCCUCACUGAUGCUAAAUUCUAUUCACAAGUGACUUCUGCAAACCUUGGUCACAUCUUACGUUCUGAUAACCCUGAUGCCAAAGUGCCCUUGCUUGAAGAUCGUGUCGCUUGCCUACACGAAGUUGGGUUAAAACUCCUUCAGAAAUACAAAGGAUCAUUUGUGACAUGUCUGAAAGAAUGUAACAAUUCAGCCCAGAGUUUGCUGCACUUGAUUGUUGAGGAGUUUCCAUGUUUUAGAGAUGAAGCCAAUUACAAAGGUCACAGAGGUGAGAUUAACCACGGGAUGUAUGAUCUGAAGCAUUCAUGGUGACAAAGAAUAAUGAAUUCUUCUCCGGCUACCAACCGUGUCGAGAGGUUCCCAAAACACUGCUUUCUCCAUCAAACCAUCUGACAUAGCUGGUAGCCCAAGAAGAAUUAAUUACGACCAUGGGACAUUAAUUUUUAACCAGACAACUGGGCAUAAUGACGAAUCAAAGAACUAUGAGGUUUCA